CGGUCCCUCCCCUUCGCCUCCCUCACCCCCACCCCCCCGCCGAGCGAGGAGGAGCCGGAGGAGAGGAAGAUGGCGGCGGCCGCCAGCACCCGCGGGGCCGCGGGGCCGCUCCGAGGAGCCUGAGGAACCCUAGAGGCUUCGCGGGAAGACGCGGCGGCGGAGGAUGAGCCUGCUGAGCGCGCAGUAUCUCCGGCAGGCAGAAGUCCUGAAGGCUGACAUGACAGAUUCUAAGCUGGGUCCAGCUGAGGUCUGGACAUCCAGGCAGGCUCUGCAGGACCUGUACCAAAAAAUGCUAGUUACUGAUUUGGAAUACGCUUUAGACAAGAAAGUAGAACAGGAUCUCUGGAAUCAUGCCUUUAAGAAUCAGAUCACAACACUACAAGGCCAGGCAAAGAAUCGAGCAAACCCGAAUCGGAGUGAAGUUCAGGCAAACCUCUCUCUGUUCCUAGAGGCAGCUAGUGGCUUCUAUACUCAGUUAUUACAAGAACUGUGUACAGUGUUUAACGUAGAUUUACCAUGCCGUGUGAAGUCUUCCCAGUUGGGAAUUAUCAGCCAUAAACAGACGCAUACCAGCGCCAUAGUGAAGCCACAGUCCAGCUCCUGCUCCUAUAUCUGCCAGCACUGCCUCGUGCACCUUGGAGACAUUGCUCGAUACAGAAACCAGACCAGCCAGGCAGAGUCCUACUAUAGGCACGCAGCUCAGCUUGUCCCCUCUAAUGGUCAGCCUUACAAUCAGUUGGCUAUCUUAGCUUCUUCCAAGGGAGACCAUCUGACCACAAUUUUCUACUACUGCAGAAGCAUUGCUGUGAAGUUCCCUUUCCCAGCUGCCUCCACAAAUCUACAGAAAGCACUUUCUAAAGCACUGGAAAGCCGGGAUGAGGUGAAAACCAAGUGGGGUGUUUCUGACUUCAUCAAAGCCUUUAUUAAGUUCCACGGCCAUGUGUACCUGAGUAAGAGCUUGGAAAAGUUGAGCCCUCUUCGAGAAAAAUUGGAAGAACAGUUUAAGAGGCUGCUCUUUCAAAAAGCUUUCAACUCUCAGCAGUUAGUUCACGUCACUGUCAUUAACCUGUUUCAACUUCAUCACCUUCGUGACUUUAGCAAUGAAACAGAACAGCAUAGUUACAGCCAAGAUGAGCAGCUGUGUUGGACACAAUUGCUGGCCCUCUUUAUGUCUUUUCUUGGCAUCCUGUGCAAGUGUCCUCUCCAGAACAAGUCUCAGGAGGAAUCCCACAAUGCCUAUCCCCUUCCUGCAGUCAAGGUCUCCAUGGACUGGCUGAGACUCAGACCCAGGGUCUUCCAGGAGGCGGUGGUGGAUGAAAGACAGUACAUUUGGCCCUGGCUGAUUUCUCUUCUAAAUAGUUUCCAUCCCCAUGAAGAGGAUCUUUCAAGUACUAAUGCUACACCACUUCCAGAGGAGUUUGAGUUACAAGGAUUCUUGGCUUUGAGACCUUCUUUCAGGAACUUGGAUUUUUCCAAAGGCCACCAAGGUAUUACAGGAGACAAAGAGGGUCAGCAACGACAAAUACGGCAGCAGCGCUUGAUCUCUAUAGGCAAAUGGAUCGCGGAUAACCAGCCAAGGCUGAUUCAGUGUGAAAAUGAGGUAGGGAAAUUAUUGUUUAUCACAGAAAUCCCAGAGUUAAUACUAGAAGACCCCAGUGAAGCCAAAGAGAACCUUAUUCUGCAAGAAGCAUCCAUAAUAGAGUCACUGGCUGAGAACGGGAAUCCAGGACUGAAAUCGGUGCUGUCUACGGGCCGAAAUCUAAGCAACAACUGUGACACGGGAGAGAAACCAGUGGUCACCUUCAAAGAGAACAUUAAGCUACGAGAAGUGAACAGAGACCAAGGAAGAAGUUUUCCUCCCAAAGAGGUGAGAAGGGACUAUAGCAAAGGAAUAACUGUAACUAAGAAUGAUGGAAAGAAGGACAACAACAAGAGGAAAACAGAACCCAAGAAAUGCACCUUAGAAAAGUUACAGGAAACAGGAAAGCAGAAUGUGGCAGUGCAGGUAAAAUCCCAGACAGAACUAAGAAAGACUCCAGUGUCUGAAGCCAGGAAAACACCUGUCACUCAAACCCCAAGUCAAGCAAGUAAUUCCCAGUUCAUCCCCAUUCACCACCCUGGAGCCUUCCCGCCUCUUCCUAGCCGGCCAGGGUUCCCGCCCCCAGCAUAUGUUAUUUCCCCUCCUGUGGCAUUUCCUAUGGGCUCAGGUUACACCUUCCCAGCUGGUGUUUCUGUCCCAGGAACCUUUCUUCAGCCUACAGCUCACUCUCCAGCAGGAAACCAGGUGCAAGCUGGGAAACAGUCCCACAUUCCUUACAGCCAGCAACGGCCCUCUGGACCAGGGCCAAUGAACCAGGGACCUCAACAACCACAGCCACCUUCCCAGCAACCCCUUACAUCUCUACCAGCUCAGCCAACAGCACAGUCUACAAGCCAGUUGCAGGUUCAAGCUCUAGCUCAGCAACAACAAUCCCCUACAAAAGCCGUGCCAGCUUUGGGGAAAAGCCCUCCUCACCACUCUGGGUUCCAGCAGUAUCAGCAGGCAGAUGCCUCCAAACAGCUGUGGAAUCCCCCUCAGGUUCAAGGCCCAUUAGGGAAAAUCAUGCCUGUGAAACAGCCCUACUACCUUCAGACCCAAGAUCCCAUAAAACUGUUUGAGCCGUCAUUGCAAUCUCCUGUAAUGCAGCAGCAGCCUCUGGAGAAAAAAAUGAAGCCUUUUCCCAUGGAGCCAUAUAACCACAAUCACUCAGAAGUCAAGGUCCCAGAAUUCUACUGGGACUCUUCCUACAGCAUGGCUGAUAACAGAGCUGUGAUGGCUCAGCAAGCAAAUAUGGACCGCAGGGGCAAGCGGCCACCAGGAGUCUUCCGUCCAGAGCAGGAUCCUGUGCCCAGGAUGCCCUUUGAGGACCCCAAGGGCUCCCCUCUGCUUCCUCCGGACCUGUUAAAGAGUCUGGCUGCCUUGGAGGAAGAGGAAGAGCUGAUUUUUUCUAACCCUCCUGAUCUUUACCCAGCUCUGCUGGGGCCUCUCGCCUCUCUCCCUGGAAGAAGCCUCUUUAAAUCCUUAUUGGAGAAGCCCUCUGAGCUCAUGUCCCAUUCAUCCUCUUUCCUGUCCCUCACUGGAUUCUCUCUCAACCAGGAAAGAUACCCAAACAACAGUGUGUUCAAUGAGGUGUAUGGGAAAAACCUUACAACCAGCUCCAAAGCAGAACUCAGUCCCGCAAUGGCCCCCCAGGAAACAUCCCUGUACUCCCUGUUUGAAGGGACUCCGUGGUCUCCAUCACUUCCUGCCAGUUCAGAUCAUUCAACACCAGCCAGCCAAUCUCCUCAUUCCUCUAACCCAAGCAGCCUGCCAAGCUCCCCUCCAACACACAACCAUAAUUCUGUUCCAUUCUCCAAUUUUGGACCCAUUGGGGCUCCAGAUAACAGGGAGAGGAGAGCUGCAGAUCGGUGGAAAACUGAUAAGCCAGCCAUGGGUGGGUUUGGCAUUGAUUAUCUCUCAGCAACAUCAUCCUCUGAGAGCAGCUGGCAGCAGACCAGCACUCCAAGCGGCACCUGGACAGGCCACGGCCCCUCUGUGGAGGAUUCCUCUGCUGUCCUCAUGGAGAGCCUGAAGUCCAUCUGGUCCAGUUCCAUGAUGCACCCUGGCCCAUCCGCUCUGGAGCAGCUGUUGAUGCAGCAGAAACAGAAGCAGCAGCGGGGACAAGGCACCAUGAACCCUCCACACUGAGGCUGGGGUGGCAACCUGGCAAUGAAGCUCCAUACACCAUGGCAUGUUGGGUUUGCAGGACUGGCCCACAGCCCCUGCAGGUGGCAGCCCUCUUCUCUGUGUCUUGCCGUUGAGAGGGUGUAAGUGUUCCACCGGCCCGCUGAGUGUGCACGAAAUGUCCGCAGUGCAACCAAAAGAAAAACCAUCAGGAACUCUCCGUCCCCCUGGGCCUCCGGAGGGAGAGAGGAACUGCUGUUUGUCUCACUCAGUUACCUGAUAGCACCGCCUCUCGCCUUCUCCAUCGUGCAUGUCCCCAGCCACAUGGGAAGUGAAAGCUGAGAAGGGAAGGCAGGUGGGAAAAGCCAGUGGGAACUUCUCAGUCCUUUUUUCCUCUCUGGGGAAUAAAAUAGGAAUCCAUUAA